UUUACGAAGUUGAAGACCUUCACUCUCACUGGCAGACUCCGAUUCAGAGUCAAUGGAAACCCCUCUACUUAAUUCCUUCCUCCUCCCCCAUUUCUCUUCGCUCCCCUGCUCCCUUCUUCUUCUUCUUCUUCCCAUAAACAUACGCCACGAAUCUUGUAGUGGUCGCAAACUAGAUGGCCGAUUGCAUCGUGCUUCCUUCUGGGUAUUUAUUGCCGGUCGGAUUCCGCUUCCAUCCGACGGAUGAGGAGCUAAUUAAUCACUACCUGAAGAACAAGAUGCUUGGAAGGGAAUCCCUCGUUGAUUACAUCCGUCAAGUUGAUAUCUGCAAGUAUGAGCCAUGGGAUCUUCCUUGCCUUUCAAACGACCAUACAAGUGAGCAGGAAUGGUUUUUCUUUGCUGCCCAAGAUUUGAAGUAUUCCAAUAGCCGUCGAUCCAAUAGGGCCACGAAAACCGGCUACUGGAAAUCCACGGGCAAGGACCGCAAAAUCUUGGAUCCGCGAACCAAGAAGUUGAUUGGUACCAAAAAAACUCUGGUCUUCUACCGUGGCCGGGUUUCAAAUGGAAUCAGGACCAAUUGGGUCAUACACGAGUAUCAACUUCAUUCCGAUCCCCAGUUUGCGCAUCUGAGGCCGUUUGUUAUUUGUCUCCUAAAGAAAAAGCUGGAUGAGAAUGAUGUUUUGGUAUGUGAUGAAGCUGAACAAAAUGGUCCUAUGAAUUUGACGUUCGAUAAUGAAGUCUCAGUGAACCAAAAUAAAGAGGUUUUGGGUUACGAUUUCUCCGAAUUGGAGUCCCUUUUGUUUUCUGACCGGGAACCCAUCUCAAUGGAUUUCCAAGCUAACAACAGCCACGUGACUCAGGUCAAUGAACCUAAUGAUGAGGCCAUUGAUAUUGAGGAGAUUUAUUUCCAUGAAGGGACACCAAAUAGUUCAAUCAGUGAUUUCAACUGGAAGGAAUAUCUCGAAAUGGUUGAAGAAGACCAGGGUGGUGCACUCAACGGUGACACUGGCAUGUAUGCAAUUUUAAAUAUGCAGGGUCGUUCUACUUCUCACAGUAUGUUCGAUGAACAUAGUUCAAGGGUACCAACUCAAACUACGCCGAUCCUUAAAGAAUCGCGUAGAAGCCCACUUACUUCAAAGAUUUUCAAGUAUGGAGGGGAAGAAGAUCUGUCCUCUGUCCGGCCUCGUGGAGAUGAACUUCAAACCAAUGGCAUUUCAUACCUCAGUGAUGACCCUGAUAGGGAAACAAUAACUUUAAGAUUUCAAGGCCAACCCAGAUCCGAUAAGGUUGUAAACCAUGCACAGGAUUCACAAAAUAUCCAAUGGAAGAGGAAAACUCAACUCCAAGUAGUAUCAUCCCCCGACAAGGCAAAAGCAGUCUCAAAGUGGAAGAAAGUUAAUGGAGCAGCUGCAACUUCAAAUAAAGACAUUGUUGUAGACCGAGAAAGUGAAGUUAAGAGUCUUGUAGCCCACCAGUCCAGUUCAACUGGACGUGGGUCUGUUGAGAGCCGAGGAAAGCGUUGUUCUAGUAUCCUGACUACAAAAUGCAUUCACCACAGAUCAAGCCCCGCAUCCGCCUAUGUUGCCAGAGUAUGUAUAGGCCUUAUUUUGUUCUUCGUAGUUGCAAGAGAUAUGCUGCUGGAUGGAAAUUGGUGAUAAAAUUUAGUACCCAUAUGGAUAUGAUGCAGGUAAUUAUGAUACUCAUAAUAGCAAGUUACUAUGUAUUACUGUAAUUAAGGAAGGUGUUUAACUAAGUUGAUAAUAAGUUAUUUGUUCUCGCGUGUUAGCUGUGGAAGCAAGUUAAUAAGCUAAGCCGGUUGUGUUAAAAGC